CUCGCUGAUCGAUUAUCGGAAUUCGACGCGGUGCACCGAUUCAACAAGCGCGGACGGAGGUUAGGAAGGAAGUUUCUUUCGCUCAGCAAAUCAGACCAAGAUUACCUAUGAUCCCACUGGGCGUCGCGAGGACGACGGAAAAGGAAGAGAGGCGCUUUUGGCAGUAUUCCUAAUCUCCCUCUCCGACCUGCCGCCCGUUCUCUCACUGUAUUCCGCUUUCCACCCCUCUCUCCCCUCCCCCUUCUCACGCCUCCUCUUCCCGCUGUUAUUCCUCUACCUGCUCGUUCUUCGGCGAGCGAUCGCGACGUACCGAGAUCUCGUUGGACACGAUGGACAUGAGCAGCGAGUCGAGCGCUAGGACGUGGUACGAGACGCCUAGGUUGGAGCCGCCUUCGGGGGGUGCCGGGGUGGCCGGAGUGGUCGGCAACGAUUACAGGGGUUACUACCCUCACACCGGACCGACGGCGCAUCACCCCGCAGCUGCGGCCCACUACGCCCACACGAGGAUGUCGAGCAGCGGCGUGUCGAGCGGUCCAGUGAGCCAAGUCUGCCGGCCGCACUUCCAUAGCUCGGUUCUCCAUCCGUGGCUCUCUGGCAGCAGCGCGGACACCUCGAAGACACCCUGGGGAUUCCCCGCGACGACGACCACGGGCGGCGCUGUGAACGACGAGAAGCCGCAGAGUCCCCUGGGAUCCUCGCUGGCGCCCACCACUGGAAGUUUAUCGAGUCACGGUGGUGGCGGUCACCAUCUCUUCUCCUUUCCGCCGACACCGCCCAAGGACGCUACGCCUGAUAGCAUAACCGCCAGCACGACCUCCAGCACGAAUAAUAACAAUUCGACGAGCGCCAAUAAUAAUAACAGCGGUAAUCCUCUCUCCGGGUUGGGCGGUGGUACUACCAGCGAGUACCAAGCGGCGGUCGCUCACGCGGCGGUGAUGGGCGCGUUUAUGCACCAUCAAGACGCGCUAGGCGCGUCCGGUGCGAGCUCGUGCGACAUCAAGCCGACGGUGAUGCUUGGGCACCAUCACGGAGCGCCCUCGCCACCGCAUCAUUCCUUUGCGUAA